CUGCCAGCCUCUUCUGUCAAAUAAUGAGUUGUCUGGCAAUUUAGCAAGCCAAAUAUGUGUUAGUGAGACUUUUUAGUUGAAUCCUCUGCAACACGAAGCUCACGAUGCAAUUUGUUCAGAUCCGACCCUUGAGUUUCGGUCAGAUCAAGAUUAACGAAUCAUGUGCUGGAGGGAUCGAAUGUUGCUGAUUUUCUGUACAGGGAAAAAGCUCCUGUUCCACUGCAUAAUGGCUCGAUGCUCGUACGCGGGUCUUCCAUUGCAUCAAACCCUUCAAAUCUUCAACAAUGCUCCAAUUAGGCGAAUGAUACAUCUACCCAAAGUACUUUACACAAAUCCUUUUGAAUCACCUGGUGUUGUUGAUGAUAUCAUACAUCAUGAUACAUGAGGACAUCUUCAAGUCAGCAUGUGGAGGCGAGCGGUGUAAAAUUCCUUCGGCGCCAUUAUUAACGUGUCGUUUGUCGGUGGUCAAAAAAGGCGCUUGUUAAUGGAUGUUUUGCCGGAUAGCAUGGGCCCGCAUGUCCCAACGCUCACGAUAAUAAUGAAGCUAGAGUAGAUAUUCGAUCGCUGGCCGCCACGCACGCGUACGGGGAUGUCUGAUUUUGGACUUCUUUGAAUUGCCUAGGAAGAAGCAGUUCGUUGCCUGAACCUCGGUAAACAGAUGCCGUACAAUGUUGUAGAGUACAUAGCAUCGCUUGGAGAAGUUGUGAGGCGUU